AUGCUGCAUUAUGCCCUUCGUCGUUUUCUCCUCUGUCGAAUUCCCAAUUUUCGAAAGUUUACCCCAAUUUUAGCUACCUUCAGUAAUAUUGCUGCUAAACCUUCGGGUAUUCAUAAUAAUUCACCAGCGUUUGUAUACCGAUCUCAUAAUUGUGGCGAACUGGGUGUAAAUCAUGUCGAUACAUUUGUUUCAUUAUGCGGUUGGGUUGAUUCUACCAGGCUAUCUUCUCGUUUUCUUGUUCUUCGUGAUGAUUGUGGUUUAGUACAAAUAUACUGUGAUACUAAGACACUUUCAAUGCCUCGUAUCACUUUAGAAUCAGUUGUAAAAGUUACUGGGAAAGUUAAAGCUCGUCCAAAGAAGGAUAUAAACAAGUUAAUGUCUACUGGUGAGAUUGAAGUAAUUGCUGAAAGUGUUGAAGUUCUCAAUGAAUCCUCUCCACUUUCAUUUAUUCCAAAGGAAGCAAUGACUGUGAAUGAGAUGGAGAGAUUGAAAUAUCGUUACCUUGAUCUACGUUCGUGGGAUUUACAAAAGAAUCUACGAUUUAGAUCAUCGAUUAUAUUACAGAUGCGAAAUUUUCUAUGUCAAGAAAAUGGAUUUGUUGAUAUUGAAACGCCUUAUCUAUUUAAGCUCACUCCGGGAGGUGCACGUGAAUUUAUUGUUCCCAGUCAAUUCCCUGGAUUAUGCUAUUGUUUACCUCAAAGUCCUCAACAAUUUAAACAGCUUUUAAUGAUGGGUGGAUUUAGUAAAUAUAUGCAGAUAGCAAAAUGUUUUCGUGAUGAAACCUCUAGAUCUGAUAGACAACCAGAGUUUACUCAAUUAGAUAUAGAAAUGGCUUUUAUCACUCCAGAUGAUAUAUAUAAAAUAAUUGAAAAUAUGCUGGUAUACGUGUGGCCUCUUGUUCAAAAUGCUUCAGGAUGUAUGCCUAUUUCAACACCGUUUCAACAAAUGGAAUAUUCUUAUGCAAUGUCAAGAUAUGGAAGUGAUAAGCCGGAUGUUCGGUUCGGUAUGUUACUGUCGCCUGUAUCAGAUGAAGGACAAAUUGGUUUUAGUAUACCCAAAAAGUAUGUAUCUAGUUUAACUGCAGAAGACUGGGAUUCCUUGAAGAAAUUGGUUUAUCGUUUAACCAAACAAGAAAUAUCAACUUUCGAGGUGAAAAUUGGUCAGUCAGAGCAUGCACAUUUAUUAAAUAUGUUACAAGCAGAGUAUGAAAAUGAGCUCAAAACACUGGGAAUAGCGCGGGUUGAAGCGGCUAAGCUGAUUCACUCUAAGGGUUUGUCAAUCUAUGAGCCUGGCUUUCAUUUUCUUUGGGUGACUCAAUUCCCGCUGUUCGAACGAAAUGACUCAGGCCAAUGGACAUCAGUACAUCAUCCAUUCACUGCUCCAACUCCAGAAACAGCCCACUUACUUUACACUGAUCCAAGUCAAGUGAUCGGUUUACAUUAUGACCUAGUUUGUAACGGUCAAGAAGUUGGCGGGGGUUCAAUUCGAGUGCAUAAUGCUGAAGUGCAAAUGUAUAUUUUCAACGAAAUUCUUAAGGAGAACUCUAGUGAAAUGGCUUAUUUCUUGACUGCCCUACAAUCAGGAGCUCCACCACAUGGUGGGAUUGCUUUAGGUCUAGAUCGUCUGAUAUCCCUGUUUCUUAAUACCAAGUCAAUCAGAGAUGUGAUUGCUUUUCCGAAAGCAGCAGAUGGAAAAGAUCUUCUGUGUGGAACGCCAACCAGGCUGAAUGAUGAUGUGUUGUCACAGUAUGGUAUUUGUAUUUUGAAUAAUAAUAAUGAAUGA